AUGACCAGCAGCAUCACCGGCUGCAAGCGGACGCACCACAUCGAAGUCGAGCAAUUGGAGGACGCAGAUAUUGUGCAGCAUAGUCUGCUUUUAAUCAAGGGUAGACUGCAGCCACCGGUCUGCGCCAACGCCAAACAGCAGCAGCUGAAGGCAACACUGACGCUGCGUCGCGAACAAGUGGGAGAGGAGGACACGGAGGAGCAAGAUCAAGAACAGGAGCAGCUGACGCAACUAUCGACUGGGGGAGAGUUCAAAUUGCUGUUUGACUUGACAGCAGGAGCUCGUGGCAGUCAAAAUCGCGAUAUUGGCGCUGCCUGCCAGCUGCAGCUUCAGUGCUGCAGUGGCUCCCGGCUCCUGCAUUUCGUCUACGAACCGCGACGCAGCGACUAUCGUGUGCAGCCGCUGUAUUUGGUGUGUCGGGCCAGCGACUCAGACGAGACGACAGCCGAAAGUGCCGAGCAGCAACGCAAGCGCUGCGCCCUCAUCGAUCUCAAUUUGCGUCUGGUGCAGUGCAUCUAUGCUCACAAGUUGCACGCCGCCGGACACGCUAAUCGAACGUUCACAUUGAACGGCGCCUGCCGCGUCUUCCGCUCCCAAUUAAGCUGUGCGGCGGCACGCCAGAGCAGCGAAGACGAGUUGUGGCAGCACUUCGCUACAGAGAUACUCUCCUCCCAGGCCUGGGGACAGCAGUUGCAACUCAAGUUUGUGGCCUUUGUGGGCUGCACACGUUACGACGGCGCCGCAGUUGUGGCCAGCGGCGACUACUCCUAUGCAAGCAUACGACGUCAUCUGAGCGCCCACGCAGCUCUGGGUGGUGGAGGUUUGGCGCUGUUUGGAAGCGCCUAUUUCUAUGCUUGGCCAAGUACAUUUACGGAGAUCGGCGACUGCAUACGGAGCACGGAGCGUGUGGACUUGACUCGCCUGCCCGAUGAGAGCAAUUAUCGGCGGACCUACGGAGGCGUCUAUGCUAGCACCUUGGGCGCCGUUUGCCACGAGCUGGGCCACUGUUUCGAUCUGGGUCAUACAACCGACGGUGUUAUGGGCCACGGCUUCGAUUUCCUGAAUCGCGUGCUCACCGUUGACCAACCCACAGAGCAUUUGCCCAAGCGCGUUCUCCAUAAGAUACAAAACCCUGAAACUACAAUUGCCGGAGCGUCCAGCACAAUUGGAACGCGCCCACGAUUCACACAACUCAAGUUGAAACAGCAAGCGGUAGGCGGCGGUCCCAGCAAUCAGCAUUUGGAAAAUUAUCACGCCCAGCGGCGCAACGACAGCUUCUACUUCGCGCACAACUGCGCCGUUAUCCUUGCCCAGCAUCGCUGGCUGCAGCCAAACGGCCUGCACUCCAACGAUCUAUCCAACGUUGCCCGGAUCCGAUUAGAUACGACGAGAGCUGAGAUCAUCUCCAGUGUGCCACUCCGUCUAAUCGAGCUGCGUUGCAAUUCAAACAGCCUGGUGGCCCACUACGAGGAGUUUCUCGAAAAGGACGAGCCAGUGCAUCGUUUUCAGCUGCCCGCCUCCCUGUGGCAUCUGCUGGCCUCGCAGCGCACACAUUACUCUUUCGUGCUGAGCGUCAACGGGGAUACGAAGCGGUUGGCCUGUGAUACACCACUGUUAGAAACUGCAGCUGAAGCAGAGGUGGACAACAGCGGACUUUAGCAGAGUUUGAGGA